CUCUUGCCACCCAUUGCAGUUGCUAGGUCGACCUUCAGGUGUCAGGAGCGCCCUUUAGAUGAAGAAUUCCCCUGACUCGUGAGAUUCUCCUCUCUAUAGUUUUCACUCUUUCCUCGUCAGACAAAGUCAGCAUCCGCAGUCGGCCUCACAGAGCGUUUUAUUUCCAUCCCGUUGACCCAUAAACCCAAGGAUAAAGUAUGGGCUCCACACCGCACACGUUCCCCGGCAUCACCUUCCUCUUGCUGACUCUGGCCAUCGCGGCGGCAGAUCAGCGGAGACACCAGGCAGGGUUCCACAGCCAACCGGGGGUGAGCUUCGGCGAGGUUUCCGAGGCCGAUUCGGCCUUCCGGUCCCUCAAGAACGACCUGUCCCGAAUCACCUCCAUCGACGACAACCUCGGCAACCUCAGCGAGCGCGUCAACGAGAUCAUCAAAGCCCAGGUCGAGCGAGCCAAGGCGCAGCAGCCAGCGAGUCAGCGUGGAGGAGGAGGAUCUAACUGUCCGGCGCCCUUCGUGGAAGUGAUGAGCGAGUGUUUUUCCCUGAGCAGGACGCGGCUUCCCUGGCACCACGCCCGCCACUACUGUCUAGGCAUGGGCGGCGACCUGGCGACGCCCUCCUUCCUCUACGCCCUCAAGACCUACAUUCUCGAGCGCGAAGGCGACGCUGACGUGUGGGUGGGCGGGUUCCGACGAGAGAGGGGCACUGGGCGUGGAUCAACAGCAACGAGGACGGCACCAACACGACCAUCCCGCCCCACCACUGGGCGCCCGACCAGCCCGACAACGGCGAAGGCGACGGAGAACACUGCCUCAUCAUGCAGAAGAACGUCCACCCGCCGCUCGCAGACAGCUCGUGCGAGCGAUACCUCUCCUUCGUCUGCCAGUACCGUGGGUAGAGGCAGAGUCUGUGCAGGUCUGUGUAGGUCUAUGUAGGGUCUGUGCAGGGUCUGUGUAGGUCUGUGCUGGGUGUAUGUAGUUCUGUGUAGGUCUGUGCAGGUCUGUGUAGGUCUGUGCAAGGUCUCUUUGAGGGAC